UGCAAUCAAGACGGGUGUGCUGAGGCAGCCAGUGGGGCUGAGACCUCAGUCCUGCCCUGGGAGCAUACGCAAACAUGGCCCUGCGAUGGACUUUUCUCCUGCUCCUCACACCUCUGCUGGCAGCACAGAACCAGGAAGAUACUGACACUGACACUGACACUGACUCCAGAGAAUCCGAGGAAACAGGAAGAUGUAAAGCUCCCUCCGACUGGGACCCCAAGCUGCAGCUUACCCCGCAGCAGAGCAGCUAUGCCGUGAACGACUCGGUGCAGCUGAGCUGUGCUGGCGACUAUGUGCCAUCGGUCCCCCAGAUCAGAUGCAUUUCCAGCGGGACCCAGACGUUGUGGGACGGGACUGCCACCUGCAAGGAGACAUGCCGGCAGCCCCAGUUGGACGCAAUGCUCCACUUUACCCCUAAGCAGGGGUUUUAUGGUCUUCAUGAAGAGAUCACAGUAAGCUGCUUUAGGGAGCACCAUCCUCCCCUUGCUGUAAUCAGAUGUGCAAAAGGGACAUUUCCAGCUUGGAGGGAUACUUGGGAGGUGAAGGAUAUUCAGGGAACGUGGCAUGGGGUGACAAAGGACCUGCAGUGCAGCACAGAAAAGUGCUCAAAACCCCGGUGGGAUGAAAAACUUCGAUUUCCAUCAAACAAAAAUUAUUACCAAAUGAACGAAGAACUGACACUGACCUGCCGUACAAACCUCAAACCAUCCUUCCCCAGUGUCAUGUGUGCAAGAGAAUUUCUGCAAGUGCAUUUUGGAAGACCAGUCUAUAGGGUUACCUGGUGGGGCAGGAGCAGCACCAGCACCUGGAUGCGCAUUGAAAAGGCUGUAGAGUGCAUUGUAAUGUGCCAAAGGCCCCAGCUGGACUCAAGUCUCCAGCUGGCACCAGACCAGGAGAGUUACAAGAAGAAUGAGAAAGUGGCACUGAGCUGUCCUGAGGGUUUCCAGCCAUCCUUCACCGAAAUCAAAUGUUCGAGUGAAGUCCAGACCAGCAGGUAUGGAAAACAUCCAUAUGGAGUUUGGCUUGGAAGAGACAGCAGCGGUGACUGGAUCCACAUUCCAUCCACCAUGGAGUGCACUGCUCUUCCAGGAAUGUGCCAAAGGCCCUGGUGGGACCCAAGACUCCAGCUGGCACCAGACCAGGAGAGUUACAAGAAGAAUGAGAAAGUGGCACUGAGCUGUCCUGAGGGUUUCCAGCCAUCCUUCACCGAAAUCAAAUGUUCGAGUGAAGUCCAGACCAGCAGGUAUGGAAAACAUCCAUAUGGAGUUUGGCUUGGAAGGGACAGCAGCGGUGACUGGAUCCACAUUCCAUCCACCAUGGAGUGCACUGCUCUUCCAGGAAUGUGCCAAAGGCCCUGGUGGGACCCAAGACUCCGGCUGGCACCAGACCAGGAGAGUUACAAGAAGAAUGAGGAAGUGACGCUGAGUUGCAUCGAUGGUUUCCAGCCGUACUUCACCCAUGUCAAAUGUGUAAGGGAAGUCCAGCCCUUCAGUCACGGGGAACCUGUAUACAGAGAAGUUUGGCUUGGAAGGGUCAUCAGAGGUGACUGGAUCCUCAUUCAGUCUAACGUGGAGUGCAUCGAGGUCCUCCAGGUUGUCCCUGAGUCCUUGGAGAUCUCCAGCACCAGCAUCAAACUGAACUGGACCUGCAGGCUCCCUGACGCCUGCCAGCACAUGCAGGCCAUGUGCCGUCUGGCAAGGCCUUCCUCCCCUCCCUGUGAGGCUGAGGAGGUGAAGGGAGAGGAGAUGCUACGUGGCCAGGAGGGAACAUUCACCUGCCCCUCUCUGCAGCCUUUCACUGACUACAGUGUCACUGUCUCACUGCCCCCCAGCACAAUCCUGUACAAACGGUUCCUCAGGACAAAGGAAACGGUGCCGGACAAACCGGAGAGGCUGUGGCUGGAUUCCACCACGGGGUCCCUCAGGUGGAAGGCUCUGCCCCCCUGCAAAGGAGAAAUCAUCGGAUACCAGCUGAACGUCACGGCCCGGAGUGUGCAGGACGGCGUCUUCCUGGAGAUGGAGCGGCUGCGGCUGAACAGCUCCGUCACUGAGCACCCUCUGCCCCGGCACGGCCCCGGCAGCAGCUACGUGGUGGCGGUGCAGGGACUGACGGCCGCCGGAGCCGGGCCUGCCUCGCUGGGGGAGUUUCGGAGCAACAGCUCGGACACCCCGCGCCCUCUCGGCGCCGGCUGCCGCGGCGUCCGUGACAUCUCCCUCUCCCGAGGAACAGCCGUGCUUCCCCUGCGCCCCAUCGCCUGUCCCGCCGAGGCAGCGAGGGAGCACCGGCUGAUCGUGGCUGCGACGCUCGACGGCACAGCGGUGGAAGGCGCCUGCCUGGGGGACCCGCAGCCCCUCAACGCCAGCCAGCAGCCCGGCGCCUACGUGGCCGCCGUGCUCAACCUCACCGCCCCCACGGACUUCGUGCUGGGCGAGGGGACCCGCGGGCAGGGCUACCACAACGCUGCCCUCCGCCCGGGCUCGGACUACACGGCCCUUCUCCGCCUCGUCUGCCGCUCGCGGCAGGCAGAGAAGUUCACCUGCGUCUGCUACAGCUUCUCUCUUGGGCAGGAGCCGGUGCCUCCACUGGGCAGGAUGCCUGUGAUUAUGACAAUAGCACUGGUCGUUGUACUCCUUGCACUGGCAAUCUUGCUGCUCUUCGUGAUCUUCAGGCGAAAGUACAACAGUUCAAAAACGUCGGAGAACAACAGCACUAUCCCCCUGCGAAGAUGUCAAGGAGGUGUGUGCAAGCUGAACACACAAAUCCCGGUGGAGGAACUGCUGGAGGCUCUGAAGAGGUUUAAGAGGGCAGAAAUAGAGGCAGAGCAGACAGAGGAUGAGUCAGUUGAUGGGCAUGGCGCUGGGCGUCUGGGAGAGUACCAGCAACUGUCCCUCGCUUUGUUGCAUCCCUGCGAUGCUGGGAAGGAACUGUGUAAUCAGAGCAAGAACCGCUACAAGAGCAUCAUCCCAUAUGACCACUGCCGUGUGGUGCUGCAGCCCUCUGGCACAGGGAAUGACUACAUCAAUGCCAGCUACGUGGAUAGCUACCACAGUCCACGCUUCUUCAUUGCAGCUCAAGGCCCCUUGCCUGGGACGGUGCUGGAUUUCUGGCAGAUGGUCUGGCAGGAGAAGACCUCGGUCAUUGUGAUGCUGACAGGCUUAGUGGAGCAAAACAAGACCAAGUGUGAGCAGUACUGGCCAGAGCAGGAGCAGGUCUACGGGGACUUCACUGUGACACUCAACAACACCAGGACCACCACGGGCCUUGUCACACGCAUCUUCUGCCUGCAGAAGGCAGGCUGUGAUCUCCCAAGAGUGGUGGAGCAGUUUCACUACCAGCUGUGGCCAGACCAUGGGGUCCCAAGAAACUCUGCUCAGCUCCUCUGCUUAGUGGAGGUGGUGAACAAGAGGAGGUUGGAAGUGCCAACUGGACCCGUACUGGUGCACUGCAGUGCAGGGAUCGGGCGCACAGGUACCUUCAUUGCCCUAGACUUCCUCCUGAAGAUGGGGAAGGCCGAGGGGAAGGUGGAUGUGUUUCAGUGUGUGCAGAGGCUGCGGGAGCAGCGGGUCAGCAUGGUGCAGACCAAGGAGCAGUACACCUUCCUGUACGAGGUGCUGCUCGAAGGCUUGUUCUGCGGCAGCACCGGGGUCCCAGUGGAGAGCAUCGCCAGCCAUGUCCGCUGCCUUCGAGAAGCUGAGACCUCAAGGCACAACAACAUCCUUGAGAAGGAGUUCAAGGCCCUGCAGAAUUUUUCCGAGUUGUUCCAGCUGCUGCCAUGCAGAGAAGCAGAGAAACGCAGCAACCAGCCCAAGAACCGCAAGCCAGGGAUCCUGCCAGCUGAUUCCUGCCGGCCCAUCCUCAUGUCCUCACUGAACAUGGACGGCUCACCGGGUUACAUCAACGCUGUGUUUGCCGACACGUACACCAAGGAGGACAGACUCAUCAUCACCCAGCUGCCGUUCCCCACUACGCUGGUGGAUUUUUGGUCUCUGGUCUGGGAUUACACCUGCACAUCGGUGGUUGUGCUGAACCAGCUCCAGGAGCUGGACAAGACAUACGUGGAGUUCUGGCCCACCCAGGGCGAAGCUGCCUAUGGCCGUUUCCACGUCCACCUGAUCUCAGAGGAGCCCGGAGUUGGCUUCACAUCCUGGACACUUGCCCUCAUCAACAGGCAGCAGCCCAAGAAAUCUGCACUGGAAGUCCGGUUCUGGCAACUGAAGGACUGGCCCAUGCAGCAGCGUCUUCCCCCACACCCUGCCACCAUCAUCAGCCUGCUAGGGAAGGUGGAGACAUACCAUCGACAGAGCCAAGACGGGCAUAUCCUCGUCACCUGCUGGGAUGGUGCCAGCCGGAGUGGGAUCUUCUGUGCUGCUAGUUUCCUGUGUGAGCAGAUCCAAAGCGAGGGGCUGGUGGAUGUAUCCCAAGCUGUGAGGAUGCUGAAGAAGCGGCGGAGGCAGCUGAUUAAAGAUGUGGAGCAGUAUGGGCUCUGCUACGAGCUAGCCCUCAGUUACUUGAAUUCAUUUGAAACCUAUGGGAACUUCAAGUAGAGGCAUGGCCCCAGCCAUCUCUGGCAAGGACUUUGACUCUCUUGGCAGCCUUCCAUCAACAACAGUGGAAACCAGAGGAGAUGAGAGGGGUGUACACAGCCCCAAGAUGCUUUACUCCCCUGAAAAGCCACCCCAAGGGUCCUCUGUGGCUGGAGAACACUGGCUGAACUAUCUCCCAAUUGUGGUCAGGCUUUGAAAGGGGAAUCUGACCCUUUGCCCAGAGUUUGUGCAGGAACUUACCUGAAAUCACAGCCUGAGUAUGCAGAACAGAGCAGAGCAGAGGCACCAGGACUUGAUCUGUCUGUGUCAGGGAUGAAGAGAACCAGCUGUCCCAUCCAGGCCCCCUUGUCCUUUCAGGCAGCCCCAGGAAAAGUGGGGUAGCUCCACCAACACUCAAACUCUGUUUGGCGAGGGGAACAUCAAACCACUGUAAGAUCCCUGGGGCUCAGGAGAGCAGGCUAUCUGUCCUACUUUGGGAGAAAUAUAAAGCCCAAGGCCAACAAGAGCUAAGGGAAAGACAGUCCACAUUCCUAUAGGGCUCGUCUGGUCCUUUCCACCCCACACAAUCCCUUCUUGGAGCUCUGUCUUCCUGAUGCUGAUCCAGAUGCUACAGCCCUGCCAGCUCCAGAGAGGCUCCCUCUCCAGCCUGUCUGGCUCCACCACGGCAAUCCCAGGUUGUAGUGGUUCAAUUUAAAUAUCCCGGAUGCGGUUUUGGCAGGGAAUGCUGCACCACGGAGACUGAUUCUGCCUUUGUUGCUCAAGGGCAAAGUGCCUCAGAGCCAGGACUGACCCAUGGCUCUGUUCUGUGUCUCACCAAUAAAGACUCUGCUGGCCA